AUGGAUCCGCACAAUCAAUCUUCGGCCAGUCACCCGCAAGGGUCGCGCACCCAGAAUGCAGUCUACGACACAACACACGGUGGACAUUAUGGCGCCAGCGCAGCACUUGCUAGCUCGGGCUUCGCUCCCGCCGAGCUUUACACCGGACCAUGGGCCAAUGUACACCAGGGAUUACAUGGGCAGUACAAGGAUAUUCUGACCACAUACUGGCAGCAAACUAUCAACCACCUUGAGUCAGACACGCACGACUACAAGCUUCACCAACUCCCACUGGCACGCAUCAAGAAGGUGAUGAAGGCAGACCCCGAAGUCAAGAUGAUCUCCGCCGAGGCGCCCAUCCUGUUCGCCAAGGGCUGUGACAUCUUCAUCACCGAGCUGACGAUGCGCGCCUGGAUCCAUGCCGAGGAGAACAAGCGGCGCACUCUGCAGCGAUCCGAUAUUGCCAGUGCCCUUGCCAAGAGCGACAUGUUUGAUUUCCUCAUUGAUAUUGUGCCGCGCGAGGAAGCCAGCCAUGCGAAGCGUGCCAACCCUGCACAAGCCCAGGCCUCACAGGGAGGUGCUGCCGUACCGGGCGGCGCACAACCCAACCUGGGCCCGGGCGGCCAGCACAACAUGCCGCCGCCGCCGAAUCACAUGGCAACGGGUUACGACAUGAGUGGGCAUCCCAUGGGUGUACCUGACCAGGACUAUCGCAACCCGCCACCUAUCUACAACCAGGCUCAACCUGGCCAACAGCCGUAUGGUCAGGCCCCUGGUAUAUACGGCGAGAUGAAUGAGAUGUACACGUACCCAGGAAUGCAGCCGCCGCAGUAG